ACAGAUCAAGAUCAUAUUCUCUUCAUAGAGAAUUAUUAUUUUUCAAAUUUAUAUAAUAAUAAAAACUAGAUUAUUGGAUUAAUUUAAUUCCACAUAAAUCUCAUUUCCAUUAAUAUUUUCGUAGAGAAAGAUUAUUUUACGGGCGAGUAAGGAAUAUAUAGUGCGAAUCGAAUUACAAUGUCUCAUAUAAAUGACAUCAUUGGUGUAUUAAGAGGUCUUCGCCAAGUUGUAGAGGCUAGUGCUAAAUUGCAACAAGAAAAUGCUAGAUUAAUAUGGAUUAACUCAAACUUAAACCCACUUUUACAAAACUGUCCCACUAACACAGUUAGUAACAAGCUUAUUAAUUAUAAAGAUAACCCAAAUGCUGAAAUUUCAAAAGAUUUGUUUGAGAAAGCUCUUGUUGUUAUCCAUGGAUUUAGGCAAUAUGCUCUGAUGCAUGUACCAAACUUAAACAAAAGGAAUGAAGGCCAGGUUAUGGACUCCAAAUUGGAAGCAGAAAUAGAACAGCUUAAUAGAGAAUUUGAUAAAACAUUUGAAAGUUUGAAUAACAGCCAAGAGCAGCCUCCAGUUCCAUCCAACACUGAAGAUGUAGUGGUUCCAUUGGAAAGGCUCAAAGCUCAGGCUGAAAUAGUACCAGAGAGAGGUAAUGCUACUAGUAUAUUAUCACCUAGUCAAUCAAUUGCAAAACCUGAAGUAAAAAAGAAGACAAAAGUCAAGCUAAGUGAAUAUUCAAAAGCUCGAGUAGUGCCAUCAUCAAGAAUUGGAAGAAUGAUAUCAUUUGGAUCAUUAGCAGCUGGCUUGGGAGUUGGAACAGUUGCUCAGUUUGCAAGAAAUACUCUUCAAUCAGUGACUGGAAAGGAAGAAACCUCAAAUCCAUUUAUGUCUACUGCAAAUGCUGAGAGAAUUGUGGAUACUCUUUGUAAAGUAAGAGGAGCUGCUUUAAAAUUGGGUCAGUUACUGAGCCUUCAAGAUGAAUCAAUUAUACCACCAGAACUACAGCGAAUAUUUGAAAGAGUGCGUCAAUCAGCUGACUUUAUGCCGACAUGGCAAGUUGAGAAGGUGAUGUCGUCACAGUUAGGACCAGAUUGGCGAAGCAGAGUUCAAUCCUUUGAGGAAAAACCUUUUGCUGCUGCAUCUAUAGGUCAAGUUCAUCUGGCUGUGUUACAUAAUGGCCAAGAAGUUGCUGUUAAAGUUCAGUAUCCAGGAGUUGCAAAAGGCAUUGACAGUGACAUAGAUAACCUAGUUGGUGUCUUAAAGGUAUGGAAUGUAUUUCCUAAAGGUAUGUUCAUUGAUAAUAUAGUUGAAGUUGCAAAGAAGGAAUUGGCUUGGGAGGUUGACUAUGUACGAGAAGCACAAUGCACAAAAAAAUUUAAAACAUUGCUUGAGCCUUACCCUGAGUACUAUGUACCUGAUAUCAUUGAUGAUCUAUGUUCUUCUGAGGUGAUAACCACAGAGCUGAUUGAUGGUCAACCUCUUGAUAAACUAUUUGAAGCCGACUAUGAAACAAGAUACGACAUAGCAUAUAAAAUAAUGCAACUUUGUCUUAGAGAGAUGUUUGUGCUAAGGUGUAUGCAGACAGAUCCAAACUGGGCUAACUUCUUCUACAACACAAACACUAAACAGGUUAUUCUGUUAGACUUUGGAGCAACUCGUGAAUAUUCAAAAGAGUUAAUGGACCAAUACAUAGAAAUCAUAAAAGCAGCUUCAGAUGGUGAUCGUGCUACAAUAUUACAAAUGUCCAAAGAUAUGAAAUUUCUAACUGGAUAUGAAUCCAGGAUAAUGGAGGAGACACACGUCGACACUGUAAUGAUUAUGGGUGAAGUGUUCACAAAGGAGAGCUCUGACGGAUUCGACUUUGGAACACAGAAAACAACUCAACGCAUCCAAACUUUGGUUCCAACAAUACUGUCGCACAGAUUAUGUCCGCCGCCAGAGGAAAUUUACUCGUUGCAUAGGAAAUUAUCUGGCGUUUUCCUACUUUGUUCAAAAUUGAAAGUGAAAAUCAAUUGUCGGAAUAUGUUCCAAGAAAUUUAUCGCAACUAUGAAAAGGGAGCCUAAAUUUUACCUGUAUUACGAGGAAUUGACAUCACACUGAAAUGAUGACAAAUUCAACAGUAAAUAGGGAAUAUGCAUAUUUUGUUUAUUAAAUUUUUUAUAUCGUUAUAUUAUAAAUAAGAAUAUCUAACGCUGAAAAAGUAACUCAAAGUAUUAUCUAAUUGUACUUGUUAUGUAAUACAAAAAUAGUGCAAGGAAUAUAUAAGUGGAGAGGAUUGACUGUGAUCGCAUUUUAAAAAUUUUUUCACAGAACUAUUUGCACUUCAAAACUUUAUUUCUUGCUUAAAAAUUAGCGAUGUAAACAUAUUUUUUACAUCAAUAAAGUUUAUUUAUGAAA